UAAACCAACUUUACACAAGCAUACAUGGAAAAAAAAUUGAAUAAUAUCAAUUUUAGUUAGAAUUAGUGCUGUGCGGAGUGAUGUUGGUGUUGGAUGAUAAAAAGAAAGUGAAAUUCUGUGAUGAAACAAAUUACAUGUGCGAAAUAUUAAGUCGCUUUGCGGUGUGGGCUGAUCAAUACAGCAUUCCUCUCUCAAUUACUAGUCCUAAGUCAAGGUUGACCAGAAUUUCUAAAUUAUCAUUUUAUUUAUUUAAUCGUUAUUGAAAUACGUCAUUAGUGAAACUGAUGGAAAAACAGCCAAAUUAAUCUGUUGUGCCGUGCAGCAGGUCUUUAGCUUGACCUUCAGUUUCAUAUCAUCGUCGUUUGACCAUGACGACUUUUGAUUUAGUUUGUUUACAAGUCUUAGAGUAACCUGCUCGCACACUUUACCGAAUGGACGUUGUAGUUGAUUUCUUUUUGUAUCUUUUUGGCGACAGAGGUAACAAUUCCGUCACCGCCACUCCUCGCCAUCAUCCUCAAGAUAACAAUAAUCAACAAAAAGGCCAAGAAACCAAAACAAUUUUGCAAAGAAUCGGUGAGUUAUUUUGGAGGCAAAAGCCUGACGAAAUUGAGAACGUCGAAGUAAAAGAAGAUCAUCGCUUGAACGAUUCAGAUAAUGCUUUGAUUCAAAGUGACCACCAGGAAGAAGCUUUUGCUUCAAACCUGAACCAACCUAGUCAUCUUCACGUUUCUUUUCAAACUAGUUCCAUUGAAAAUACUUUAUCACGUGAAAGUGGUAGUGAGUGUAACUCAAAUAAAUACAGUGAAGGUCCUGAAUUACUCCUAGGACGAGAACUAUUUUCUGAAAAGAUGAUUCCCCAACAUCCAUUGUUGAAGAAGAGGAAGUCUUCGAAAAGGUUCGUGAUUGGAGAUGAAGGCGAAGAUGAAGCUACUUGCAGUAUUCCUGAGAUUCGAGAAACUUUUGAUACUAGCGGUGAAGGAAAUAAUGGAAAUUUUGGGAAUGAGAGUAGGGAUGACGGAACGGGAUGGUACAGGAAUCGGCUAAAAGUUAAAACCUCUUUGACGCCUAGCAUGUCCCAAGGGACUGUUAUGCUACACAACAGGCCCUACGAGAAAGACUUCACUGUCGCCACACCAGAAGAAUUCGUUAGGCGAUUUAACGGUACGAAAGUAAUAAAUAAGGUUCUUAUAGCAAAUAAUGGCAUUGCGGCUGUCAAAUGUAUGAGAAGUGUGAGGAGAUGGUCGUAUGAGAUGUUUAAGAAUGAAAGAGCUGUAAGGUUCGUGGUAAUGGUCACCCCAGAAGACUUGAAAGCGAACGCAGAAUACAUCAAGAUGGCCGAUCAUUAUGUUCCUGUUCCCGGUGGGACAAACAACCACAACUAUGCCAAUGUAGAACUUAUAGUAGAUAUUGCCAUCAGAUGUCAAGUACAAGCUGUUUGGGCUGGUUGGGGUCAUGCUUCGGAAAAUCCAAAACUCCCCGAACUUUUACAUAAAAACGAUAUAGCAUUCAUUGGUCCCCCUGAAAAGGCUAUGUGGGCACUCGGUGAUAAAAUUGCUUCUUCCAUUGUUGCUCAAACUGCCGAUAUUCCGACCCUGCCGUGGUCAGGUUCGGAUUUAAAGGCGCAAUACACUGGAAAAAGGAUCAAGAUAUCGUCAGACUUAUUUAGCAAAGGAUGCGUCCAUUCGGCUGAGCAAGGUCUAGCUGCUUGUCAAAAAAUUGGAUUUCCUGUGAUGAUAAAAGCUUCAGAAGGAGGCGGUGGUAAAGGUAUACGUAAAGUGGAGUCUGCGGAUGAUUUUCCAUCAGCGUUUCGACAGGUCCAAGCGGAAGUUCCUGGAUCGCCCAUUUUCGUCAUGAAAUUGGCAAAGUGCGCGCGCCAUUUGGAAGUACAACUUUUAGCAGAUCAGUACGGUAACGCUAUAUCCCUUUUUGGAAGAGACUGCUCAAUUCAACGUCGUCACCAGAAAAUUAUUGAGGAAGCUCCUGCAGUCAUAGCGAAGCCAGAAAUAUUCGAAGAAAUGGAGAAAGCAGCAGUUCGUCUAGCAAAAAUGGUGGGCUAUAUUUCUGCUGGAACUGUGGAAUACCUGUAUGAUGUAUCUGGGAAAUAUUAUUUCCUUGAACUAAAUCCCAGAUUGCAAGUCGAGCAUCCUUGUACGGAAAUGGUUUCAGACGUAAAUUUGCCAGCAGCGCAACUUCAGAUUGCCAUGGGUUUGCCUUUACAUUACAUCAAAGACAUCCGGAUGUUGUAUGGUGAAUCUCCGUGGGGCACAUUCGAAAUCGAUUUCGACGCUCCACUUCACAAACCAGAACCUUGGGGACACGUUAUUGCGGCACGUAUUACUUCAGAAAACCCGGAUGAAGGUUUCAAGCCCAGUUCCGGUACGGUACAAGAAUUGAAUUUCCGAUCUUCUAAGAACGUCUGGGGUUAUUUCUCAGUGGCAGCUUCAGGAGGUCUGCACGAAUUUGCAGACUCGCAAUUUGGGCAUUGUUUCUCGUGGGGUGAAAAUCGAGAACAAGCACGUGAAAAUCUAGUCAUUGCCUUAAAGGAGCUUUCCAUCCGUGGUGAUUUUCGUACCACUGUAGAAUAUUUAAUUACAUUGUUAGAGACCAAGGACUUCCAAGAGAAUACUAUAGAUACAGCGUGGUUGGAUAUCCUCAUUUCUGAACAUGUUCAAGCUGAAAAACCGGAUGUUAUGCUGGCUGUUAUGUGUGGAAGUUUACAUAUAGCUGAAAAAACCAUAAACAAUGCCUUCACUGAAUUCCAAAACUCAUUAGAAAAAGGACAGAUUCAAGGAUCUAACGCUUUAACGAACGUUGUCGAUGUAGAACUUAUUCAUGAAGGAAACAAGUAUAAAGUACAGACAACAAAGAGUGGACCCAACACAUACUUUUUAGUUUUGAAUGGAUCUUUUAAAGAAAUCGAAGUGCACAGACUUAGUGACGGUGGUAUUCUAUUGUCUGUUGAUGGAGCUUCUUUUACGACUUAUAUGAAAGAGGAAGUCGAUAGAUAUCGUAUUGUAAUCGGAAAUCAGACUUGUGUCUUCGAAAAGGAAAAUGAUCCAACAAUUUUAAGAUCACCGUCUGCAGGAAAACUCAUUGGAUAUCUCGUAGAAGAUGGUGGUCAUGUUGAUAAGGGUCAAACAUAUGCAGAAAUUGAGGUGAUGAAAAUGGUCAUGACGUUGACUGCUACAGAAUCAGGAUCGAUUUUCUUUUGUAAAAGACCUGGUGCCGUGCUGGAUGCGGGUUCAGUAAUAGCCACACUGGAAUUGGAUGAUCCUAGCCUUGUGACAAAGGCGCAACUUUAUAAAGGACCGUUCCCGGAACUAGAUGUUUCUACCCCUGUACAUUCCAAUAAAUUAAACCAUAUUCAUAAUACAUAUAAGUCUGCACUGGAAAGCAUUCUUGCAGGAUAUUGCCUUCCUGACCCAUAUAACGUUCCUCGUCUUCGAGAAAUUAUUGAGAAGUUUAUGUCAAGUUUACGUGAUCCAAGCCUUCCAUUGCUGGAGUUACAGGAAGUCAUGGCGUCCAUUUCUGGCAGAAUUCCAGCAGCUGUAGAGAAGAAAAUUCGUCGUUUGAUGUCUCUCUACGAGAGAAAUAUUACCUCAGUCUUAGCACAGUUCCCUAGUCAACAAAUUGCAAGUGUUAUAGACAGUCACGCAGCCUCAAUGCAAAAGAGGGCCGAACGAGAUGGGUUCUUCUUGGCUACAGAAGGCAUCGUACAUCUUGUGCAACGAUAUCGAAAUGGAAUCAGGGGAAGGAUGAAGGCUGCUAUCCAAGAUCUCUUGAAGCAAUAUUAUGAAGUUGAAAGCCAAUUUCAGCAAGGAAGUUAUGAUAAGUGUGUAGCUACACUUAGAGAGAAGAAUAAAGAUGAUAUGGCCGUUGUAUUGGCAACCAUAUUUUCGCACAGUCAGGUAGCUAAAAAGAAUUUGUUGGUGGCCAUGUUUUUAGAUCAUUUGUGGUCAAAAGAACCCGGACUUACUGAAGAACUUGCCACUACUCUAAAUGAACUUACAUCAUUAAAUAAGAGUGAACACUCUAGGGUAGCUCUUAGGGCUAGACAAAUCCUUAUCGCGGCUCAUCAACCAGCUUACGAACUUCGUCAUAAUCAGAUGGAAAGCAUCUUUUUGUCAGCAGUCGACAUGUAUGGUCACGAAUUCCACCCAGAAAACUUGCAAAAACUUAUUGCGUCUGAAACAGCAAUUUUUGAUAUUCUACAUGACUUCUUUUAUCAUGCAAAUCGUGCAGUUUGCCAUGCAGCUCUUGAAGUUUACGUACGUCGGGCCUACACCAGUUAUGAUCUCAAUUGUCUUCAACAUCUCGAGCUUUCUACCGAAACUCCAGUGGUUCAUUUCCAGUUUGUUCUACCACCUUCCCAUCCAAAUCGCCUAAGUCGUUUGGAUACUCUUAGGGAUCAAUUAAAAUCACAGGAAGAAGAGGGGACUGAUUUAACAAAAUUGGCCCAUGACACAUUCCAAAGAACAGGUUGCAUCAUCGCUUUUAAUACAAUCCAGGAAUUCGAGGAAGCAACAGAUGAAAUCCUAGAUCUUUUGGAGGAUUGUGCGAGUCCUGCUGCAAUUUCUGCAAAAGAUCUUAGCAUGUUAGAAAGUGGAUCAGAAUCAAGAGGCAACAGUACAUCAAUUAACGUCAGUAUCUCAGUAGCAGAAUCCGGAAGACAAAAAGACGAGGAAGAAAUUACUGAGCCAAAUCAUAUUCUACAAGUUUGUAUAAAAGACAAAGGUGAUACAAAUGACUCUUCCAUGAGCAGAAUGUUUGGAAGUUACUGUGCAAAACACAGAGAAGAAUUGGAAAGCAGAGGAAUUAGAAGGAUUACUUUUGCCGUUUUAAAGAACAAACAAUAUCCCAAAUAUUUUACAUACAGACACAGGGAUGGAUACAAGGAAGACAGAAUUUAUAGACAUCUUGAACCAGCUAGUGCAUAUGAACUAGAACUUGACAGAAUGAGAACUUAUAAUCUGGAAGCAUUGCCCACUUCAAAUCAGAAGAUGCAUCUGUAUUUGGGCAAGGCAAAGGUUGCUCCUGGACAAGAAGUAACUGACUAUCGAUUCUUCAUUCGAUCCAUAAUUAGACAUCCCGAUUUAAUAACAAAGGAAGCGUCUUUCGAGUACCUUCAAAACGAAGGUGAACGGGCGUUGCUGGAAGCCAUGGACGAAUUGGAAGUUGCUUUUUCGCACCCUCAGUCAAGAAGAACAGAUUGCAAUCAUAUCUUCCUUAAUUUUAUGCCAACUGUCAUUAUGGAUCCAACGAAGAUAGAAGAAGCUGUCACAAAUAUGGUAAUGCGAUAUGGUCCAAGGUUAUGGAAGCUACGUGUCCUUCAAGCAGAAUUAAAAAUGCCCAUCAGGAUUAAUCCAAAUGCACCCCUGCAAAGUUUACGCCUAACUCUUGCCAAUGAUAGUGGAUACUAUUUAGAUAUUAAUAUGUAUACAGAAAUUUUGGACCCUGAAGCUGGAAUUAUGCGAUUCCAGGCUUAUGGUACCAAACAAGGUCCCAUGCAUGGUCUUCCCACGACGACACCAUAUUUGGCCAAAGAUUAUUUACAACAAAAACGUUUCCAAGCUCAAUCAUCAGGUACUACAUAUGUUUACGACUAUAUUGACAUGUUUCGUCAAAUGAUUGAUAGCCACUGGAAGCUCUACAGUGAAAAAAGGAACGAAGCCGUGAAGACUCCAGAUAAGCAACUGGAUUUUGUCGAAUUGGUAUUGGAUCCAGAAACAGAAACUCGUCUGGUAGAAACUAAACGUAUCCCUGGAGAGAAUAAUGUGGGUAUGGUGGCGUGGAGAUUAACCCUGUACACGCCUGAAUAUCCCGAUGGGAGAGAUAUUAUAGUUAUUGCAAAUGACAUCACUUACCAGAUAGGUUCAUUUGGCCCUAGGGAAGAUAAAGUGUUUGGACUUGCUAGUGAGGUUGCAAGGCAAUUAAGAAUUCCAAGGGUGUACAUUGCGGCAAAUAGUGGCGCAAGAAUAGGUUUAGCUGAAGAAGUGAAGAAGUUGUUCAGGGUUGCUUGGGAUGACCCCAACGAACCUGACAAAGGUUUCAAGUAUUUAUAUUUGACACCUGAAGAUUAUGCGAAACUUAGCACAUUGAAUUCAGUAAGGGCAGUGCUUAUAGAAGAUGAAGGUGAGUCAAGGUAUAAAAUUACCGAUAUAAUUGGUAAAGAAGAUGGUUUGGGGGUGGAAAAUCUACGGUAUGCUGGUAUGAUUGCUGGUGAAACGUCUCAGGCGUAUAACGAGGUUGUAACGAUUUCCAUGGUUAGCUGUAGGGCUAUUGGUAUAGGUUCCUACUUAGUUCGUCUCGGACAACGUGUCAUACAAAUUGAGAAUUCCCAUAUCAUUUUAACUGGUUACAUGGCUUUGAACAAGCUUCUGGGCAGAGAAGUAUAUGCUUCAAACAAUCAACUUGGAGGCAUCCAAAUUAUGUACAACAACGGUGUCACUCAUAAAACGGAACCUACUGAUAUUGAGGGUAUUAAUACUAUCCUAAAAUGGCUGUCAUUUAUACCUAAAGAUAAAAUGUCCCCCUUACCCAUAAUAAAUUCAUUGGAUCCUAUCGACAGAGAAGUGGAGUAUACACCUACUAAAACACCAUAUGAUCCUCGAUGGAUGUUAGCAGGCCGGGAAAAUUUGAGCAACCCAGGAGAAUGGGAAAGUGGAUUUUUCGAUCGAGAUUCUUUUUCGGAAAUAAUGGCACCUUGGGCUCAAACUGUUGUCACCGGAAGGGCCAGACUUGGAGGAAUUCCUGUAGGAGUAAUUGCUGUAGAAACAAGAACUGUUGAGUUGAAAUUGCCUGCUGAUCCUGCCAAUUUAGAUUCUGAAGCAAAGACGGUUUCACAAGCUGGCCAAGUUUGGUUUCCAGAUUCUGCAUACAAAACUGCUCAAGCUAUCCAAGACUUCUCCAGAGAAGAUUUACCACUCAUCAUCUUUGCCAAUUGGCGAGGUUUCAGUGGUGGAAUGAAAGAUAUGUAUGAGCAGGUGAUGAAAUUUGGUGCUUACAUAGUCGAUGGUUUGAGGCAGUACAAUCAGCCAAUUAUAAUUUACAUUCCACCAAAUGGCGAGCUUAGGGGGGGUGCAUGGGCCGUUGUAGAUCCAACUAUAAACUCUAGGCACAUGGAGAUGUACGCCGAUCCGGAUUCAAGGGGUGGAGUUUUGGAACCUGAAGGGAUCGUCGAAAUUAAGUUCAGGAAAAAAGAUCUUCUUAAGGCUAUUCAUCGUCUUGAUCCUGAGAUUGUUGAGCUAAACAAAAAGAUAAACGAAAUUAACAAAUUGCAGCCUGUGGAAAGAAAGUCUAGCAUCACUCAACAAGUAGAAAGGCCAAAGAAUCCAGAAGUUCUGGAACUUGAGAAGAAAGUUGCGGAAAGAGAGAAGAUCCUGCUACCUAUGUACCAUCAAGUGUCUGUACAUUUUGCAGAUCUUCAUGAUACUCCAGAAAGAAUGCACGAGAAAGGGGUGAUUAAUGAAGUGGUACCUUGGAGAAAUUCGAGGAAAAUCCUUUAUUGGCGGCUCAGACGACGACUGUUACAAAAUAGAGUGAUAAGUUCCAUGACAGAAAUUCAACCUACUAUUGCUGUUGGACAAGCAGAAUCUAUGUUAAGAAGGUGGUUUGUUGAAGACAAAGGUCCAAUCGAGAGUUACAAGUGGGAAAAUAAUGAGUCAGUUGUGUUAUGGCUAGAAGACCAACUUAGCCGACCUGCUGAACAAAGUAUCAUUGGCUACAAUCUUCAUUGUGUCAGCAAAGAUGCAGCUCUUACUAAAAUACAAGAGUCUCUCGAAUCCUGUCCUGAUGUUGCUCUCGAUGCUGUGGUACAAAUAGUUCAGAAACUUAAGGACAACCAAAAAGCGGAAGUUAUAAGGACUUUGUCUUUAUUACAAGACGACCAGGAGUCCCCAGAAUAGCAAUAUGAUACUGAUACGGGUGAACUUGUUUAUUAAUUUAUUUGUUUGUUACUUUUUUUAUAAUUUGCUAUAAUAAGCUAAGAAACUUGUUAAAUAGACGUAGGUUACGAAGAUGUAUAGUUUUGUAAAGUGGUGCAUUUUUGUAUAUUAUAGUUACAUAAGAAUAAUUUGUAUUUAUUAAGUAAACUUGUACAAAAUUUUU